CCUCUUCAAUCCUCUCUUGAGCGCGAAGGUAGUUUUCUUUCUUCCUCUUCUACUUUGCCGCCGCCGCCGUCGCCAGCAGCAGCAUGAAGCGCACCUCAGUCCGCAGCUUCAGUAGCCGCUCUUACACCCCGGGUCCGGUGGUGGGGGGCUCCCGCAUCAGUACCUCCUACGCCUCUUCCAGCUAUGGCGGCAGCCGCCUGGGAAGUGGGGUCAGCUUCCGAGGGGCCUCGGCCUCCCUCGGCGGCGGCGGCGGCGGUGGCGGCAUCACGGCCGUCAGCGUCAACAGGAGCCUCCUGGCGCCCCUCAACUUGGAGAUCGACCCCGCCAUCCAGCAAGUCCGGACCAGGGAGAAGGAGGAGAUCAAGUCCCUCAACAACAAGUUCGCCGGCUUCAUCGACAAGGUCCGCUUCCUGGAACAGCAGAAUAAGAUGCUAGAUACCAAAUGGAGCCUCUUGCAAAACCAGAAGAUCACCCGAAGCAACAUGGACAGUAUGUUUGAGGCCUACAUCAACAAUUUGCGUCGUCAGCUGGAUGGCUUGGGCCAGGAGAGAGUCAGGUUGGAUUCUGAGCUGGGCAACAUGCAAGGCCUUGUAGAAGAAUUCAAGUCUAAGUAUGAAGAUGAAAUCAACCAUCGCACAGAGAAGGAAAAUGAUUUUGUCUUGCUGAAGAAGGACGUGGAUGAGGCUUACAUGAACAAGAUUGAGCUGGAAUCCCGCCUGGAAAGCCUGACUGAUGAGCUCAAUUUCCUGAGACAAUUGCAUGAAGAGGAACUGCGUGUCCUGCAGUCUCAGAUCAGCGACACUUCUGUGGUCCUGUCCAUGGACAACAACCGCAGCCUGGACUUGGAUGGCAUCAUUGCUGAAGUGAAAGCACAGUAUGAAGAAGUGGCUGCCAGGAGCCGGGCCGAGGCAGAGAGCACCUACAAGAGCAAGUAUGAAGAGCUCCAGAGUGUGGCAGGCAAACAUGGAGAUGACCUCCGCAUCACCAAGAAUGAAAUCAGUGAGCUCAACAGGCUCAUCACCCGGAUACAGUCAGAAAUCGAUGGGCUGAAAGGCCAGCGUGCCAACCUGGAAUCUGCCAUCGCGGAAGCAGAGGAACGUGGGGAGCUGGCCGUGAAAGAUGCGACAGCCAAACUUUCUGAGCUGGAGGCUGCCCUCCAAAGAGCCAAGCAGGACAUGGCCCGGCAGUUGCGGGAAUACCAGGAACUGAUGAAUGUCAAGUUGGCCCUGGACAUUGAGAUUGCCACCUACAGGAAACUGCUGGAAGGAGAGGAGAGCCGGUUGGAGUCAGGAAUGCAGAACCUAAGUAUUCAGACCAAAACAACUGGUUAUUCUGGUGCUCUGAGCAGUGGAUAUGGUGGCUAUGGCAGUGGAUAUGGGGGUGGAUUCAGCUCGUACUCAAGCGGUGGAUACUCCAUGAAUUCCUCUCCCCUGGAGAGCUCAGUAGUAUCCAAGUCGAAAGCCAUUGUCAUCAAGAAGAUCGAGACCCGAGAUGGGAAGCUGGUGUCCGAAUCCUCAGAUGUGCUGUCCAACUGAAGUGGCUGUUGCCUUCCAUUUUAGCAUGCCUUAAUCCAAUGAGCCUACCUUAUAGUAGCUAGGCAGGUGGGUCACUGGGAGAAAUGGGAUGAGGGGAGGGUGGUGAAAUUACUUCUCUAUAUCUUUGUAGGACAGGGUUGUGGGGGACUUUGUAGCCCUCCAGAUGUUGUUGGAUAACAGCUCCCAUCAUCCCCUGAUUGUUGGUUGUGCUACCCUGGGGCUUAUGGGAGCUGGAGUCUGGGAACAUCUGGGAGAUCAGUUUCUCCUAGAGCAGCUCUAGGACAUCAGAUCCCACACAAUACUGUGAUACAGUAGUUUCAGUUCCAGCCAGUCUGCUGCUUCCUCACCAGUCAGUGGUCAUUCCAUGCUGACGGAGUUUUUGUCUCCUUGCCUUUGAGGGUUGUUUACCUCAUACUUGUUUUUUCAGCGUACCAUUUUUGGCUACCUGAGGAUUGUCACUCAAGAGCUGAGGGUGCUGUUUGUAUUUAUCAGGGAUGGACAAUUUCUGGACCUUCAUUAUGCCAGGCUGGCUAGGGCUGAUGGGAGUUGUUGGCCAAAAACUUGGAGGAGGCAAACUUGCACAUCCAUAGUAUAUGUGAAUCUGAAUCUCUUUCUAAUAUUUCUUUCCUCCUCCUUCAUGGAAGCAAAGUGAUCAGUGUCUUACCUCUCACUGAUGCAACUUCUUUCUUAGACUGAAGGCAUUCUAGCUUUGUUGCCACUGUCCGUGGGAGGAGAGCUGCUCUUGUAUCUUAAUAACACUAUGAAGUAUAAUGAAUUUUUCCUAGGAUGCCAAAGAUACCACAGUUGCCUUCUAAUAAAUACCCUUACAGUAGCUGAGCCCCCAUUUUCCCCCCCACAUCUCAUGUUGUCAGGUAAAAUGCUUUUUACGGUAUCAAAGACUCUUCAUAUGAAUACUAGUAGUCCUUCUGUAGGCCAAAUAGGUGGCUUAGAUGAGGUACUUUAAUGCCACCUCCUCCCCUCCUCAUGACAAAACUGUCUUCUCUCUGUCCGUUGCCUUUUCCAAAUAGUGGUAGGAAUCCUGUAUCACUGUCUUAUGUUGCAGGACUUUACAUAUACAUGGCUAUGUAGUGGAGGCACUGAGAAAUCAUGUUUAUGAAUUGCAGAGAUGUGUAUCAGGACACAGGCAAGGGUAUUCAAUAUAGAUUGGUUCGGUUCUAUAUUGGUCACUUUGCUAGUUGUGCGUCAUAAUAAUAUAAUAGCAGUCCUGUGGGUAUGGAAUUUUGAAAUUGUCCACUUCUAAUUCCAGCAUACAUAGCUCCAUGUAUGAAGACCUGAGUCCCAAAUAUAAUUCUAGCCAACAUCCUUCGGAAGAAUAAUGUAAGCUUGGCAUGGGUAGAGUUUUGAAUUGAUUUUGCCAUUAUUGAUCUUCCUGAAAAGUCCUUCAAAAAGUCUUCGACAGACCCAAGAAAUUUGGAGCUGGAUUUUCCCAACUUUAUAGUUUUCUAAAAGUUAAGAAACGCAAGCAAAACUCUCAUCCAAAGAAAUCAGAAAUGCUGGUGGAUGCUUCUCUGUUUCUGGUGCUACCAAUCAAAAUUAUAUUUUGUGGUUAUGCAGUCUAAUAAAAGAGAUAUCUGGAAAAUGUGGGAAAGGCUACAAGUGGGAGAUUUCCCAGACAAAGACCUGCUGCAAAAUUUUGAUGUUUCUUCCUUUAAUGGAAUUUUUUUUGGGGGGGCAGGGUCUGUCUUUCAAGAGUAAAAUUGUAUAACCACAAAUUGACUCUGUGGGUGGAACAUCUAUCCUAGAUUUCUGCACUAGCACCACUAUGACUAGGAGAGAGUAACAAUAUACAAUAUAGAUCUCACGCUGCUCGUUUCUAAAUCUUUUAAAAUAAGGGGUCAUAUUCACAAAAUUCAAUGCGACUUGCUUCAACAAAAGACAAGCACAGCCUGCAGUUUGAAAGGCAACAUGUUUUCCUGGCCUCCAAACAAAGACCUGGCAAUAAGUCACAUAAACAUACACAUUUCAUGGCAUUGGUGCAUUGCUUGGUCAAAUUAAGUAUCAAUUUCAUUUUGUUUUUAAUAAGGAUUUAGUAAUACUUGCAAACCUCUUUGCAUUCAGAAAAAAAUCAAGUGCAGUAUGGAGCAAAACUGGCAAUUUUUCCUAUCUAUGCUAGGAGCAGCGAUGUCCCUUUUUAGGCAGAAAAAGAAAGCUUAACACUAACUUGUUCUCUUCGAUGAUAGGUGGAGAACUUUUAUCCCUCUGCCUGUUUUGAGCUACAAUUUCCAUGAUCCCUGGUUAUUCUGGGCAUGAGAUCAGUCGUAAGCCAAAAAACGUGCCACUGUUUUAGGGCUCCAUAAGUAGAAGUGGGUUAAGGAAUAACGUAAGUUCAUAUGCUUGCUUACUAGUUUUGAGAGUGCCUCAGUACUGUCCUCCUGCCCCCCAUUUUUUGGUAUGGAAGUAUGAUUAGGUCAAAGCUUCAAUCUUAACUGUGAACAAAGCUUUUGUACUGAAGGAGGUGGAAAUCAAGCCUCAACAUUCUUCAGGGUCGGCAGGAGCAUAAAGCAAAACCAUCUGUGAAUUAUCUUUUAAAAACACUUUUGAAAUAAAAGAUUUCUCUCUUGAA